AAUAGGUCAAAAUAUAUCUCCCAAGUCAAAGACCUCGCUCGCUGCGCGAAAGCAGGACAUCGUUGCCAAGUCCCCUCCAUGUCCCCUCCCGCAAGAAAUACAAACAAAUAAACCAAAAAAAAGGAAUCUACUCCAAUCUCCGGACGGUGCGGUGGAUUUAUCGCUGUUGUAUGCUCUGGAUAAUCCGAGUGGAGUUCCAAAAAUAAUCGGGCAUCGUGCGAAUUGCUGAUUUUUACUAGAUCAACAGCACUAGAGUGCGAUGUUUCGAUCAUGUCGGACAGGAACAAACGGAAUAUGAAGUCGAGAUUGAGUGUUGUGGAAGAAGAAAUCUUAUAAAUAUAAGUGGGACAAGAGUUUGAAGUGUUGAAUAAGGGUAUUAUUUAAGGGAAAUAUGGACGUUUUUAGUUAUGUGUUGAUAGUUUUAACUACUGUCAGUUAUAUUCCAGAAGGUGAAGCUAUAUUAUGUUACCACUGUCAUCAGACCACCAAAGAGUGUAACAACGGUGUUUUAAGUUCGAUAAAACAGAAGAAUUGUACAGAAGAUAAAUGUGCCAUUAUUAAAUAUGAAACUCUAAUGCCCGGUAGGAACGUUCUGGCCACCAUGAGGGACUGCGUACUUCGAGAUGCCGAAGAACUGUCAGAAAAACUACAUUCGAUCCAAAAACCUAAAAUCAUCUUUAACGUGACCUGUAGCGAACCUCUUUGUAAUAACACCAUUACAACGACACUUAGCAAAAAUCUUUUAUUAUUAUUUGUUAUAUUCUUAUUUGCUAUCAGAUAACACGAGAAGCUUUAAGCUUUUUUUAGAUGUAAUUUUUAUAUCUCUGUAAGAUAUUAAGAUAAAAUAAAUUGUUUUCUUAAA